AUGUGCAGAUCCAGCACAUCACGCCCUGUGCCCCACGGGUACCAGCUGACGGUCAGCAAGGCGAGCGGCAAGGCGUCGGCAUGGACCUUUCCUGCCGGAGUCUCCGUGCCCGGGAAUGGGUACCUGCUCAUCCUCGCCGAUGGUCUGGACACAGUGUCUGGGAGCGAGGUGCACGCCGGCAUCAAGCUGUCCGGCUCCAGCCAGGGCCUGAGCCUCCUGGAUGCGUCCGGGGCGAGCAUCGGGAGCUGGGACCUGCCCGAACUGGCCGAUGACCAGGCUUACGGUGUGGCCGAGGGCGACGUCCAGGCUCUGGAUGGGCCCUCGGGCACAUCCCGCCUGGUGUACCUCUCCCAGCCGACCCCCACCUCGGCAAACUCUGGGGCUGCCGACACGGGGCCAGUGGUCGCACGGGUGACCGAGGAUCCAGCCCCCCGCCCAAACGGCGGCUCCGCAAUCCCCAUCUCGGCCGUGGUCACUCCCCAGCAGGCGACAGUGGCCGGGGCCACACUCACCUACGUGAUCGGCUACGGCUCCCCCGUCAGCGUGGACAUGGCGGCGACGGGCGGCACCUACACCGCCGACAUCCCGGCGGCUGAGGCAGCUGCCGGGCAGCUGGUGCGCUGGUACGUGACGGCCACCGACGCGGGCGGCCGCAACACCGUGGUGCCGGCCAAGGACUCCAACGGCGCGGUGCAGUACUUUGGGACCAUCGUGGCAGACCCGACCGACUCUGCCAGCCUGCCCAUCCUGGAGUUGUACUCGGAGAACGACAGGGCCCCCUUCAGCACGGGUCCCUCCUCCAAUGCCAUCGCAGUGCCAGGCGGCAAGGGCGAUGUAACCGGUUGCUCCGUGUGGUUCAACGGCACUUUUUACGACAACGUCUCCAUCAGACGGCGUGGAGCCACGAGCCUCGGUUGGCCCAAACCCAAGAUCAAGAUCAAGUCCGAGAAUGGAAAGGUCUUCAAGCUCGGGGGACUGGACUACGAGGUCAGCGCAUUUGGACUCAACAGCAACUGGUUUGAGCCUGGCGCCAACACCUUCACAAGGGAACCCCUGGUCUGGGAGGCCUUCAACCAAAUGGGUGUCGAGAGCCUGCUCUCUUUCCACGUCCACGUGCGCUUCAAUGGCAAGUACUUCGGGCGCUUCAGUCUGCAGGAGGAGUGGAGCAAGGAUGCGCUUGAGAGAAACGGGUUUGACACCUCUAGUUCGGGGUAUGGCCCCUUCUGGAAGUCAAACUCCGGCAUCGGCACCAACCUUCGCUUUGGCGUCACGACAACGGACCUGCCCGUGGUGUAUGAGCUGGAGAGCUCCAAGUCCAAGCAGGACGCAGCGGUGCAGGCGCUGGAGGCCUUCACCGCCGGCCUGGCCGGCGGUGGCCCCGUGGCGCGCAGCAAGUACCUGUUUGACGCAGUAAAUCUGCCCCAGGUGAUCAACUACCUGGCCGCCCAGACCCUGAUCCUGAAUCAAGACCGCUGCACCAAGAACUUCUACGUCUACCUGGACGCCUCCAGCGGCCAGUGGUCCAUGCUGCCCUGGGACGUGGAGUCGGGGUUCGGCAUUGACCGCGGCCUGGGCGGGCAGCCCGCCCCCGACUACUGCACCCUGGCCUGCGAGCAGUGGAACUCGCCGCUCUACUGCGACCGCAACCACACUCAGGACCUGGUGAUCAGCACCCCCUACGGCCGUAUCAGCCAGCCCGUGACCCUGGGCGCGACCUCUGGGACGCCGGCCUCGCGCCGCAGGCGCCUGUCCAGCCUGCAGACGGCGCUGGGCACGCCGCGCCUGGGCAGGAAGCUGCUGCAGAGCCUGUUCCAGGACACCACCGUGGACACGGGGGCGGGGCAGGACCUGGACUCCGACUACGACGCAAACCUCACCAGCGGCCGACCCGCCAGCGGGGCCAUAGGCAGCUACAACUACCUGGCUGAUGCCGUACUUUCCUUGCCGAGGACGAGGGCCAUGUACAUGCGCCGCCUGCGCACGCUGAUGGACGAGUUCACCGGUGGCAGGCUGGCGGGGAUUGUGACGACGCUGCACACGCAGAUCAGGGAGGAGGCAAUCCGAGACAACGCAAAGUGGGGCAACUCCGGCAACCCAGACACCGGAUACCAGCAACUCAUCAAGGAGCAGCUGCCACUGCGGAAGCAGCAACUGUACGAUGUCUACGGCCCCGGCGGCGAUCAUCCCUUCAUCCCAGGUGCACAGGCGGCCGGCGCUGGGCUGACCAUCGGUCAGGCCCACACGGAUGCCGGGAGCUGGUUGGAGCUGACGAAUCCUGGGGCAGAGGCUGUAGAUGUGUCUGGCUGGGCUCUGACUGGGGAUGUGGACUUCACCUUCCGACCAGGAACCGUGGUGGAUGCUGGGGACACCAUCGUGGUUGCAGCCGACAUCCUGCAGUUCAAGGCAUCCUACGGUGGGCAAGGCAAGUAUGUCGUCGGCCCACUUCCCCAGCCUCUGACAAGCAGCAGCCCAUCAGUCAGCCUCGUCAAGGCCUAG